CUUCCUUCUCUUCCCUCCUCCUUCUACCUUUUUCUUUUUCUUUCUCUCUCUUCUCCCUCCUUCUUCCUCUCCAGAUCUGGGUUUUCAAACCAACCUGAGCCUCCCCAAUUCGCCCAAAUUUGGUGUAUAUAUUUACCCGUGAAUACUCUCUGAAGCCCAAAUAUACCCAGAAUGCAAACACAACUUCAACACUGGAGCUAGAGUCAUUUUACUUAUGGAAACAUAAUACCCACGAAGAAGGCGAAAAAGGCGAAAACCCUCUUGCACACUGUCAACCACAGAGUCGACAGAUUGAGCAUAGGUGGUUAAGAUUGAGUUCAUGAGAAACUGUAAAUUGAUUGUUCAAGAGAGGAUCCAUCAGUGCAGAUGGAAUUGGAUCUCAAUAGCUUGUUCAAGAGAGGAAAACUCGAUCUGAUGCGCCCUGCCAUCGCCAUUUCUCCUUCUUGUUCUUCUUCUUCUUCUUCGGAUGAUUCUACAGAACAACGAAAAAAAAAAAGGAGAAAGCAAGAUUUGAAGGAAAAGAUGGGAGACGUUAUGUUGUUCAUCGAUGAUUUUCCUGCGAAUUCUGGAGCUUUGUAUUGUAGAAUUUGCCACGAAGCAGAGUUCGAAAGCUGCAAGAGCUUGGAAGCUCUCUACUCUUGUUUCGGUACCGUUAAGUUUGCGCAUAGAGAUUGCAUACAGAGAUGGUGUGACGAGAAAGGAAACACAACUUCUGAAAUCUAUCUCCAGCUUUGAAAUUUAAGUUUGGUUUGAGAACCCAGAUCUGGGUUUGUAAUACCAGCAUACCAGAUACAGUUGUACCAGAUAUCAGUUAUACCAGCUAUUUCGGGGAUCAAGGAACUAAAUUCUUCAAAUAUUU